AUGCACAGAGCCCCAUUCCUUUUCUGCUCCUGUCCUUUUUACGAUGCCGCCAUCUCCACGAUAGCUACAACCAACGGCUCUGAUCACAGCAAGCGGAACCGAAAAACCGAGAUCCCGCUGUCGGAACUUAAGAGUGUAACACCCAGCGGAAAGCUCCCACAGCAACAUGUCUGUAAGGAGGAGGAGGUUCUUGCUGACCAGCAGCUCUGUAACCAGGAGAGGAACUCCAUUCUGGACCAAGAGGACCCAGAGCCUCCACAGAUUAAAGAGGAACAGGAGGAACUCUGCACCAGUCUGGAGGGAGAACAGCUGGUGCUGAAGCAGGAGACCGAAACCUUUAUGUUGACUCCUACUUGUGAUGAAAGUGAAGAUCAGACUCUGGACUUGAGUCCUGAUGAAACUCAGAGAGAAGCAGAGAAAGAGCAUGUUGUCAGCAUGUCAGUUAAAAGUUCUGUGCAACCGGAACCAAACAGUGACGACCAGCUGCUCCCUCACAACUCUGAUGUAGCUGAGAGCCAAGAUCACAAAGGAGGCAAACAUGGAGACUCAGGAUCAACUAGAAAAGCAGAGCCAAAACUAAAGAAGAGACCUCACAGAAAAAAAAAUCAAACUAACAAUGAAGACAACUCUACCACAAUAAAGAUUCACAGAAAUACUGAUACAGGGGAACAGUCCUUCGAGUGCGACACUUGUGGGAAAAGAUUCUCUGUGAUCGAAAAAUUGAGAUGGCAUUUAAGAGUCCACACAAGUGAGAAGCCGUACCCAUGCGACACCUGUGGGAAAAGAUUCCGUGCGCCAUCCUCAUUAAAUGCGCAUAUGAGAGUCCACACAGGUGAGAAACCAUACCCAUGUACCACUUGUGGGAGAAGAUUUAGUGACAUGACAACAGUGAAAAGACAUAUAAGAACACAUACAGGAGAGAAGCCGUUUGCAUGUAACAUUUGUGAGAAAAGAUUCAAUGAUUCGAGCGCAUUAAAAGUGCAUAUGAGAGUCCACACAGGUGAGAGGCCGUACCCAUGUAACAUCUGUGAGAAAAGAUUCACUGUGGCGGAGCAUUUAAAAUUGCAUAUGAGAGUCCACACAGGUGAGAAUCCGUACAAGUGCACAACUUGCGGGAAAGAGCUGAGACGUAAACAUAACUACAAGAACCACAUGAGAAAGCACGCAAUGCAAGAAGAUUCUAGGCGUCAUGCCAAGGAGUCUCCACUGAAGGAGAAGAGUGAAGCUUCUACGAAACUAUGCUAAUUUAAAAAAAAAAAAAAAAACAAACAAACAAAAAAAAGCUGUGAAAUGCCAUCUGCCAUGCCGGUGGAAAGCUUGCAUUUUGCUAGUCUGAAGAUGUGACUCAGAACAAUAGGAGGUGAAACCUCAGAAUCUAGAGUCAUGAGUUGAGGAUCAAGCCGAGGUAUCAAGUUUUAAGUAUUCGUGUAAAACCUUCAUCAACUUGUUUAAACCCUCGUGCUUUCAUGAUUUGCAAUUUCAAUUGGCAAUUCAAAACUAAGUUGUUGUACUGUUGAUUUGAUUCACUGCUUCUCAAGUAACAGUCAUCUCAUCUGUUUAUAAGGUCUCUCAUACCAACUACACAAUAGAUAACUCUGCAUCAUUCACUAGCCAUAGCCGUGUGUACCAGUGUCUGUAAAAUGUUGUAGUGUUUAGUACUUGUAGCUUUAGUAUUAGUAAGAAAUGUGUAUGUAAUCAAA